UGCCGAGCUGAACACAUCAUCCACUCCGGGUGCGUAGGGAAGAGAGAGAGAGAGAGAGCUCAGUGCAGAUCCUUAGUAUGCCCUCAUUUAUUUAAAAAAGAAAGAAAAAUAAGUUGUGCGUAUUCAAUUGGUUUUGGCGUCGUUUUAUCCGGUUUUAUUUAAUUUCUCCUCGCGUGUGACACUGGUGUAUGUGGUGACUUUAACCUCCUAGACAUAGCCGCUAAAGAGGGUUAACUAAGAAGAGUUUGGCGUUGCGUCUUGGCUCGGUCUGAUGAUGGUUCCUCUGACGCCAGAACUCGUAUUCCGGAGGAGAAGUGGUUAAUGCAUUGACGCUGGGAUCAGAUGGCUGCUCAGCUGCCCGGGACUGAAACACCACUCAGCUCUCACAGCGACUCCAGGACACCGACGAGAGGAUUUUCCAAACUGUGUGGGCUUAAACACGUCUCGUACGCUGCGUUUACGCGCGGACACUGGAUUCUGGAAAUGCCCGUUUCUGCUCAGUAUGAAUAAGAAUGAAUAACUGUGGUAUAGCCGAGCUUUCAUCCUCUUAAGUGCACUUCAGAGCGACAGUGGAGAUGAUUUGUUUGCUGCUGCUCGUCCUGUCCUGCCUCCUGCACGGAGCCGUUUCCCAGCUCCACUACUCGGUUCCAGAGGAGCAGGACCCGGGUUCGGUCGUUGGGAAUAUCGCAGAGGAUUUAGGACUGGACAUUACGAAACUUUCCGCCCGGCGCUUCCAGACGGUGCCAAGUUCCCGGACGCCGUACCUGGAGGUAAACCUGGAGAACGGCGCGCUGCUGGUGAAGGAGAAGAUCGACCGGGAGGAGAUCUGCAAGCAGACCAUUCCGUGCCUAUUGCACCUGGAGGUGUUUUUGGAGAGCCCACUGGAGCUCUUUCGGGUGGAGAUCGAGGUGAUGGAUAUCAACGACAACCCUCCCAGUUUUCCUGAGACGGACAUCAGUGUGGAGAUAUCGGAGAGCGCCAUUCCCGGGACCCGUUUUCCGGUGGAGAACGCGUUUGACCCGGACGUAGGCACCAACGCGCUGAACACCUACGCGAUCACGAACAAUAACUACUUUUACCUGGACGUCCAGACGCAGAGCGACGGGAACAAGUUCGCGGAGCUGGUGCUGGAAAAGCCGCUCGACCGGGAGCAGCAGGCGGUGCACCGGUACGUGCUGACGGCGGUGGACGGCGGGGUGCCGCAGCGCACGGGCACCGCGCUGCUGGUGGUUAAAGUUUUGGAUUCCAACGAUAACGCGCCCACGUUUGACCAGUCUGUGUACACGGUGAGCUUGCGGGAGAACUCUCCUGUGGGCACCCUGGUCAUCCAGCUCAACGCCACGGACGUCGACGAGGGACAGAACGGGGAGAUCGUGUACUCUUUGAGCAGUCACAACGCCCCGCGGAUAAAGGACUUGUUCAGCAUUGACGCGAGAACCGGGAGGAUCGAGGUGUCCGGGGAGGUGGACUACGAGGAGAGCAAUACGCAUCAGAUAUACGUCCAGGCGAAGGACCUGGGGGCCAACGCGGUGCCCGCGCACUGCAAAGUCCUGGUCAAGCUGGUUGACGUGAACGACAACACACCGGAGAUCGGCUUCAGCACCGUGACAGAGUCGGUGAGCGAGCAGGACGCGCCGGGCACCGUGAUCGCCCUCUUCAGCGUCUCCGACCGGGACUCGGCGGAGAACGGCCAGGUGAGCUGCGAGCUCCUGGGAGACGUGCCGUACAAGUUGAAGUCUUCGUUCAAGAACUACUACACCAUCGUGACGGACGGCACGCUGGACCGGGAGAGCCUCGACGCGUACACCAUCACCGUGGUGGCCAAGGACACGGGGCAACCCUCGUUGGCCACCAGCAAGUCCAUCAAAGUGCACGUCUCGGACGAGAACGACAACGCGCCGCGCUUCACCCAGGUGGUGUACGACGUGUACGUGACGGAGAACAACGUGCCGGGCGCCUUCAUCCACGCCGUGAGCGCCCUGGACCCGGACAUAGGGCCCAACGCGCUCAUCACCUACUCCAUAUUGGAGUGCGAAAUCCAGGGCAUGUCCGUGGAAACGUACGUGUCCAUCAACCAGGACACGGGCUAUCUUUACGCACUGCGCUCCUUCGACUACGAGCAGCUGAAGGAGUUCAGCUUCAUGGUGCAGGCCAAGGACUCUGGCGUGGUCGAGCUACUGUCCAACGCCACGGUCAAUGUGAUAAUCGUGGACCAGAACGACAACACGCCCACCGUGAUCGCCCCCGUGGGGAAGAACGGCACUGCGCGGGAGCACCUGCCGCGCUCGGCGGAGCCCGGGUACCUGGUGACGCGCGUUGUGGCCAUGGACUCGGACGACGGCGAGAACGCGCGGCUCUCGUACAGCAUCCAGCGGGGCAAUGAGAUGGGGAUGUUCCGCAUGGACUGGAGGACCGGGGAGCUGAGGACUGCCCGGCGGGUGUCCCCAAAACGGGACCCGCAGGGCUACUACAAUCUGCUGAUCGAGGUGAGGGACCACGGCCAGCCCCCGCUGUCCUCCUCAGCCAGCGUGAGCGUCGUCUUGGUGGACAGCGUGGUGGAAGGCCGCGGCGGGGCAGACCGGGGCUCGGCCUCCAAGUCCAAGGAGACCACGCUGGACCUCACCCUGAUCCUCAUCAUCGCGCUUGGCUCCGUGUCUUUCGUGUUCCUCCUGGCCAUGAUCGUUUUGGCGGUGCGCUGCCAGAAAGACAAGAAGCUCAACAUCUACACGUGCCUGAUGUCGAGUGGAGAGUGCUGCCUGUGCUGCAGCGCCUGCUGUAGUCGCUCCGCGAGAGGACGCAAGCAGAAGAAGUUGAGCAAGUCGGACAUCAUGCUGGUGCAGAGCACCAACGUGACCACGGGCGUGGGGCCCGUGGGCCAGGUGCCCGUGGAGGAGUCUGGGGUGGGAGGGGUGGGCGGGGGCUUCGGGUCCCACCACCACCAGAACCAGAACUCGUACUGCUACCAGGUCUGCCUGACGCCCGAGUCGGCCAAGACGGACCUGAUGUUCCUGAAGCCGUGCAGCCCGUCGCGCAGCACCGACACGGACCACACCAACCCCUGCGGUGCCUUGGUACCGAGUUACGGUGACCAGCAGCCGGACAUCAUCUCUAACGGCAGCAUACUCUCUAGCGAGACUAAACACCAACGAGCAGAGCUCAGUUACCUGGUGGACCGGCCCAGGCGCGUGACCAGCUCGGCCUUCCAGGAGGCCGACAUCGUCAGUUCCAAAGACAGCGGGCACGGCGACAGCGAGCAGGGCGACAGCGACCACGACGCCACCAACCGGGGUCACCCAGCCGGCGCCGACCUGUUCUCCAACUGCACGGAGGAGUGCAAGGCCCUGGGCCACUCGGACCGCUGCUGGAUGCCCUCCUUCGUGGGCUCCGACGCCCGCCAGGGCCCCGACUACCGAAGCAACCUGCACGUGCCCGGCAUGGACGCCACGCUCCCCGACACUGAGGUACCGUCGCGACCCGCCGCCGCCACCGCCCAUCACGCCGAUCACGCCGACCAGCUCCUCAUCGCCGCCACCAACUCCACCUCCUCCAUGGCCGCCGCUACCCACCCCACCAACACCGCCGUCGUGGCGCCCUUGUCCGGCGCCUUGUCCAACGAUAGGUCGUUCUCCACCUUCGGCAAGGACGCCACACAGAGGUCACAGUCACACCACAGCCUUAACCGCCACCUCCAGCCCUCGGCGCCGCCUCAGCAGGGUCCGACGCCGCCGGGGCCGCCGUUCAGCGCCAGCACGCUAGAGAGGAAAGAGUAUGAUAGGGGGACACUGCUGUACAAACCCACCUUCCUCUGUGAGUAUCAGUACGAGAGCUCGCUGGGACCCCACCAGUUCAGUGUGGCCCAGCACCAGUACUAAAAAAAAGAGAGGAACGCAAAGAGAGAGAUUUGAGAUGGAAGGAGGAGGGGGAGGGACUUUUAUUUUGCGCCCCUGAUUCUAAUCUGGACUCGUUUUUUGGAAUUUCUGUUGUUUGUCGGCUGAGGCUUUUUGCUUUGAAUGUUAUAUGUGUUCAUAUGAUUUUGUUUCAUUUGGCUCUGUUUUGUGAAUGUUUAUUUUAAGAAUGUUAUAUUUUUGUUAUUUUUUGUUUUUUACCCCAUAUUUCCCCACGCCGCCAUUUUACCUAACUUGGUCAUGGCUCUUUUCAAUGUCUGAAAUCUUUGUUUCUUAACAAGACAAUGAUAAAUAAAAAAAAAUGAUCCCCAUUUGAAUGGAAAA